AUGAAUUAACUGAAUCUGAUUAUCCUAAAGUUGAGGUAAAUUUUAUAAUUUAAUUAGUUACCAUCAGAUGGGAUUGGUUAUUGUUAAAUAAUAGACGUAUUGCAUCCUGGAGCCAUAUCUCUUUCAAAAUUAAAUUUUAUGGUCAGAUUCCCAGAUGAAUACACCAAGAAUCUAAAAGUACGUUGUAAUAUUAACGCAGGUUCUUGAUGAUGCAUUUCCAAAGCAUAAAAUUGACAAAGUUGUUCCAAUUGAUAAAUUAAGUAAAUGCAAAUUUUAAGAUAAUAUGGCAUUUUUGUAGUGGAUGUACGAUUAUGCCUCUAAACUCAAUCCAUUUGUUAAAACUAUUGUGGUUAUUCAAGAAGAUUAGAAGCUUUUGAAAAAUAGCAUCAUAGUCGUUAUACACAAAUGAGUGCACAUCUGAUUCCAAAUACUGAAUUGUUAAAAUUUAAAUAGACAUAUAUUGACAGCAGAACAUUUUUAAAAGUUGAAUUCACCAAAGCAUCCUGCAGAAGUUAAAAUGCAUAAUGUCAUUAUGGAAGAACCUAUCGAAUUUUUUGA